AUGACGGCUGGCAGAGCCACUUGUAUCGUCUUUUCCGAUGACGACUUGCCGCCAGAGGGUUCAGACCACACGCGUCCUCUCUAUAUAUCUGUUGGUUGUUCAGGUCGCCGAGUUCCAUCUGUCCUUCUGGACAAUGGCUCGGCCCUGAACGUAUGUCCUCUCGCCACUGCCAUCGCCCUCGGAUACGCUCCUUCUGACUUCGGUCCCUCCACUCAGACCGUUCGCGCGUAUGAUAGCACUCGGAGGGAGGUCAUGGGUACAUUGGAGAUCGAGCUGCUGAUCGGUCCGGCCACUUUCAUCGCCGUGUUUCAGUCUGUGGGUGAUAGGUUCAUCUCUGCCGAGCCUGUACUCGAGAUUAGUCACACUGAUGACGAUCUUUUUCUGACUGGAUUCACCUUCGAUGAGGUGCAGACCGUGGAGAUAGAGGAUUUCUGUCGGGAUUUCGUAGCCAUGUCCUUUGACCAGCACAGCAGCACAGUGGUGCUCGAUAUUAUGCGGAGUAUGUCUUAUCUUCCUGGUAUGGGCCUGGGGCGACGCCAGCACGGGCCUAGUGAGUUCAUGGCUUUCCCGGACCGCGACGUACCAUUCGGGCUCGGAUUCAUUCCCACUGAGGCUGACUAUCGUCAUAUGGCGCGAUUGCGCAGGGAGAGGAUUGGGGACGUAGUGGACGGAGCCGUGCCGUGUGAUGAGUACGUUGAUGAGAUGCUCGCGAUGAGCUUGAGCCAGAUCGAGGAGAUGGCCCCGCCGGAGCUCGCUUCGCCAUUUGAUCUCUUCGGGGUGUCCGUCCUCGAGAUCGCCGAGGAGGUUGUACCUUUCACCCCUAGUGCGGGCGUUCUUGAAUGGGUAAAUGGUACUCUUCCUCUUGGUGAAUAUCUUAUUGGAAGCAUGAGGAAUGGAGGUGCCCAUGGACGCUAUGGAAUGGAAGACUGGUCAUUUUCCAAAUGCCGGGAGCACAUGACAAAUGAAAAAGACAAGCGCAAGGCAUUCCAGGAAGUCUGCAAGAAGUUCAGACCUGUCAUGCAUAAUUUUUUCUUGGAGAGAUUUUUACAACCAGCUGACUGGUUUGAGAAGCGCCUUGCUUACACAAGGAGUGUAGCAGCUAGUUCAAUGGUGGGAUACAUUGUUGGACUUGGAGAUCGACAUUCCAUGAAUAUACUUAUUGAUCAAGCCACUGCCGAAGUUGUUCACAUAGAUCUUGGUGUUGCCUUUGAACAAGGCCUGAUGCUCAAAACACCAGAGAGGGUUCCAUUUAGGCUGACAAGAGACAUAAUAGAUGGAAUGGGAGUUACUGGGGUAGAGGGGGUUUUCAGAAGAUGUUGUGAGGAAACUCUUUCUGUCAUGCGAACAAAUAAAGAAGCACUGCUAACCAUUGUUGAAGUUUUUAUCCAUGAUCCCCUAUAUAAGUGGGCUCUCUCUCCACUGAAGGCUUUGCAGCGUCAAAAGGAAACUGAUGAUGAUUUGGAGACUAGCUUGGAAGACUCGGAAGAGGAAUAUGAAGGGAACAAAGAUGCUGCACGAGCACUGUUGCGUGUCAAACAAAAACUUGACGGAUAUGAAGAGGGUGAAAUGAGAAGUGUGCAUGGGCAGGUUCGACAACUGAUACAAGAUGCCAUCGAUCCUGAUCGUUUGUGCCGAAUGUUUCCUGGAUGGGGUGCUUGGUUGUGAUGAUAGUUGAUCAACGUCUUAGCCCUACCGCCACCCAAUAAUCUUGUAUAGGCGGCCUUUUGGUUAAUUUCCAUGUGAAAACUGAGGUAAUAAGACUUAUGUAUUGGGUGCGGUUGAUGCCAGUAUGCUUGCAACCUUGUUUGUUAACCACCCUUUUGAAGAGGCAUGCUCUACUUCUGUAAAUAUAACAGUUAUCUUCGCCACCCUCUGGUUUUGUUUUUCCUAUUGCUGUAAGUGGGACUGACGCCAUGGCCUUUUUUUGAGUACUUGCACGGAUCAAUCA